UUAGGGGAGUUUAAGAGGGGAGUUGACGUGGCACACGGGGAUUGGUUUGGCGUACGAGAGUGCACUCACCUAUUAGGUGUGCACCCCCUUCACCCUAAGAAUGAAUAUACAUGCAUUUACAACACUUUGUGAUAUGCUAGAAACUAGAGGGGGACUAAAGGAUAGUAAAAACAUGCUAGUGGAUGAGCAAGUUGCUAUGGUUUUACAUACCCUUGCUCAUAAUGCAAAGAAUAGGAUACUAGUCAACAGAUUUAAUCGGUCCGGGGAAACUGUAAGUCGGUAUUUCAAGUUAGUCUUAAAUGCUAUAUGUCGAUUACACAAAGAACUCUACAAGUCACCCGUGCCAGUGCCAGAUAAUGAAACUGAUGAAAGAUGGAAAUGGUUUAAGGGUUGCUUAGGAGCAUUAGAUGGAACAUACAUUAAAGUUAAAGUCCCUGCUAUUGAUAGAAAACCUUAUCGGACAAGAAAAGGGCAGAUUUGUACUAACGUACUCGGAGUAUGUACGAGAGACCUUUUAUUUACGUAUGUCUUAGCGGGAUGGGAGGGUUCUGCAGCUGAUAGUAGAGUUUUGCGUGAUGCAAUCAGUAGACCCAAUGGUCUUAAAAUAACUCCAGGAACAUACUACCUUUGUGAUGCCGGUUAUACAAAUGGUGAAGGAUUUUUAACUCCAUAUCGAGGUCAACGUUAUCAUCUUAACGAUUGGUCUCGUCCUCCUACGAAUGCUAAGUUCUUUAAUAUGAGACAUUCAUCGGCCAGGAAUGUUAUAGAAAGAUGUUUCGGAAUGAUUAAAGAUAGAUGGGCUAUUUUGCGUGAUAACUCAUAUCAUCCCAUAGAGUCCAUGCCACGUAUCAUCAUUGCUUGUUGUUUAUUGCACAAUUUCAUACGAACAACAAUGAGUGAAGACCCUCUUGAUAACGAAAUCCCAGUAAAUCACACACAACCUGCAAAUGACCAUGACAAUGUUAUUUCUAUGAUCGAGCCCUCACAAGAAUGGACCGAUCGUAGAGACCUUCUUGCUAAUUAAAUGUUUAAUAAUUGGAAUGCCAUGCGUGCGCAGCGUGCCAACAAUGUUUCUUAAUUAUGUUUGACAAUUAUGUAUUUUUUUAUUUGUAGAACCAAGGAUGUUUCUUAAUAAUGUUUAUUUAUGCACUUUAUUUGUUUCUUAUUAAUGUUUCUUGUUAUAUUUGUAUUUGUAGUUACAUGACUUAUGAUUUUUAAUUGUAUAAUUAUGCAU